AGAUGUAGUUGGUCGAGCCACGUAUUUUAGUCCCAUGCACCUGUGGGACAAAGCAUCUGGAAACCUCACAGAUUUCACUACCCAUUUUUCCUUUGUCAUUGAUUCUCAAAAUUGUACUCGUUAUGGAGAUGGGCUUGCGUUCUUCCUAGCACCUAACGGCUCAACAAUUCCUGAUGUCCAAGGACGUGGCGCUAUGGGUCUCACAACCAAAAACCAGACAUUAAACUCGACGGCAAAUCCUUUCGUCGCUGUAGAGUUUGACAUCUGCUCACAGUUAAACGACUGGGAUCCGCAGGGCGAACAUGUAGGUAUUGAUAUAAACUCUAUGAAAUCUGUUGCUUAUGUGUCAUGGCCGGGGAGUAGAAUUUCUAUUAUUGAAGGGAGAACCAAUGAAGCUCGGAUUAGUUAUAAUUCUAGUUCUCAUAAUUUGAGUGUUCUCUUCACCGGUGUCAUAGAUAAUACUACUGUAUGGCAAUCCCUUUCUUAUAAAGUUGGUUUGAGCCAUUACUUACCCGAAUGGGUAACUUUUGGAUUCUCAGCUGCAACAGGAUCUGCUACUGCAUUGCAUACCAUUCAAACAUGGGAUUUUAGCAGUUCGAGCUCGAAUCCUGCCCCCAACCCAAGGAAAAGCAACAGGUUAGGAUUAGCGGUGGGGUUGGGUGUUGGUGGAUCUGUUUUGCUUGGUGGGUGUGCUUUAAUUCUAUUUGGGUUGUGGAAGAGGAGUAGGAGUCACACAGAAGAGGAUCUUGCCUUUGAUAGGUACAUGGAUGAGGAAUUUCAAAGGGGGACAGGACCAAAGAAGUUCUCAUUUAGUGAUUUGGUUCGUGCCACCAACAAUUUCAAUGAUAGAGAAAAGCUAGGUCAGGGAGGAUUUGGUGGGGUUUAUAGAGGAUACUUAAGUGACUCAAACUCGUUCGUUGCUGUUAAGAGGAUAUCAAAAGGGUCUAAACAGGGGAUAAAGGAGUAUGCAUCAGAAGUAAAAAUCAUUAGUCGAUUGAGACAUAAGAAUUUGGUGCAACUUAUUGGCUGGUGCCAUGAAAGAGGAAAACUCUCACUCAUCUAUGAGUUCAUGCCCAAUGGAAGCUUAGAUACACAUCUCUUUACAGUAGAAAGCUUAUUGACAUGGGCAAUGAGGUACAAAGUUGCUCAAGGAUUGGCGUCAGCAUUGCUUUACUUGCAUGAAGAAUGGGAACAGUGUGUUGUGCAUAGGGAUAUAAAAUCGAGCAACAUUAUGCUUGAUUCAAACUUCAAUGUUAAACUUGGGGAUUUUGGGCUAGCAAGGCUUGUGGACCAUGUGAAAGGGUCACAAACUACCGUUUUGGCAGGCACCAUGGGCUACAUGGCUCCUGAAUGCGUCACAACUGGUAAUGCUAGUAAAGAGUCGGAUGUCUAUAGUUUUGGAAUUGUUGCUCUCGAGAUUGCUUGUGGAAGAAAACCAAUCAACCCCAAUGCCCCUCAAGAUCAAGUAGUCAUGGUGGAAUGGGUUUGGGAGCUCUAUGGAAUAGGAAAGGUACUUGAGGCAGUUGACCCAAGGCUGGGUGGAGAUUUUGAUGAGCAGCAAAUGGAACGCUUGAUGAUUGUUGGGCUUUGGUGUGCUCACCCUGAUCGAAACCUUAGGCCUUCAAUAAGGGAAACAAUUCAUGUUCUCAAUUUUGAGGCCCCAUUACCCAUCCUCCCAUUAGAUAUGCCGAGACCAACACAUCUUGCUCUAGCUGGGAAUAGACAUGCAAUGUCAUCACUUUCUAUUUCCUGUGUCGUUACUGAUUUUGAGGGAGAACGAAAUCCAUAUUCAAGUAAUAGAUACACCAAUUCCUCACAGUCUACAUCAUAUGCUGCAGUUCCUCCACCUGCAUCGCUUUUGCAUACAUGCUAAAUGGUGAGAGGUUCACUUUAUUUGGGAUUCUU